AUGCCUCCGAAGAAGAAGUGCACUCACAAGUCCAGGAAGGCAGAGCUGGUUUUCCUUGAGAGGCCACAGGCAGGACCCAUCCAUUGUUAUGAAACUCCACUACAGUCAGCCAAGAAUCCCAGACGUGUGCCUACAAAACCUGUGGACCAGAACACCUGUGUUGCCUGGGUGUGCCCACAAUUCGACACAACUAAGUCAGUGGUGUUGAAAGCAUUCCAGAAGAAGCAUCGUGGUCCUCACAAGCCCUAUAAUCAGGAUGCCAGCCACAGUUCAYUUCAUGCAGGAGGAGCCUGUCGAAGAGCUGCAGCCUGCAGAUUUCCUCCUUUAACUUUUGAGAAUCCAGAAGGACAUGCAGUCCAUCAGCUGGAUGAUCCAAAUCGCUUGAGAAAGAAUGCACAGUACUCUCACAACCAGUCUAACAAAGGGACAGAGGCAAAUGCCAAUAUCCAGGUGAAGGCUGCAGAGAACAGUGGAGAGCCUGCUCCCCAGCCUGUGGAACAAGAAGUCCUUACUCCACCAUAUGCACAGGCUGCACAGGUGCCUUCCCCAAGGAAUGAGGGAUACAGCAACACUCUGUCACAAAGUAGUCAUGUCUGGCAUCCAGAAAAAGAGCUGGCGUUUGGUGUUGAUCCCUGUGGGAGGGGGGAGUCGGCAGCAGUACUGGUUACAGAUACUCCCGAGCACGAGUAUGGAAUAAAGGUGACCUGGAGGCGGCGGCCUCACCUAAUGAAGUACCUGCGGGAGCAAGGGAAGCUGAGCGCUGCGGACAUCCUGGUGAAUGCGAACAUCGGGCUCUCGAGGAGAGAAUCUCACACCUGA